AGUUAAACAUUUGUCCCCGGUUUCGUCUACCAAGAACGGCAGGCAGAUUUUGACUCAUACUUUACACCUCAGAAAAUAUGCGGUGUUCUCAGAGAGAUUAGAAAACUUUAUCCUCCCUUUCCUAUAAGUCGGCAGUGGUGGGCUGGGUAGGAUUUGAUCUCAUUAGGUCAUGACAUCUCCAAAGGAAGCUGUGAGUGAGCAAGCUGAAAAGGAAAUGGUAGUACACAAUGUUUUUCGUACAGCUGCAAACUCCGAAAACUAUCCUGAUUGCUUGCAGCGAUACAUACCACUAUGUUUAAGUACGCAGAAGGCUUAAUUCAAAUCUGGCUUGCGGACAAACUAGCUUCCUGAGCAGUCUUUUACAGCGGACAUGUCUCGAAGGGACCAGCGCUAUCGAAACCGAACUCCGGGCAAAAAGUGCUGCGAGUGCAAUGCCUCCCUCUCACACUGGUACUAUGAGAAGGAAGGGCGGCUGUUCUGCAAGAAGGAUUACUGGGCCAAGUUUGGGGACUUGUGCCAUGGCUGCUCCGAGCCCAUCACCACCGGCCUCAUCAUGGUUGCGGGAGAGCAGAAGUAUCACCCAGAGUGCUUCACGUGUCUGAACUGCCGGGCGUUCAUCGGAGAUGGAGACACCUACGCGCUGGUUGAGCGCUCCAAGCUCUAUUGUGGACACUGUUACUACCAGACCAUUGUGACUCCGGUGACCCUGCCAGACACCCCGUGUUCCAAGAUCCCCCACACAGUGACCCUGGUGUCCAUCCCAGCCUCCACAGACGGAAAGCGAGGUUUCUCCGUGUCCAUCGACCAGGGUUGCAGUCCGAACGGCUUCGGGUCAGACCACAGCCACACUGUCCGGGUCUCAGAAGUGGACACAGAAUGCAUCAGCCCAGAUGUGAAGAAUUCCAUUCAUGUCGGGGACCGGAUUCUGGAGAUUAAUGGGACACCAAUAAGGAAUGUCCCUCUGGAUGAGAUUGACCUGCUGAUCCAGGAGACGAGCCGCCUGCUGCAGCUCACGAUCGAGCAUGACCCCCACGACCCGGGCACGGGGGAGGAGGUGGACGGCCCGAGCCCCCUCUCGGACGUGGGGAGCCCCGUCAAGCCAGUGUUGCACCCCCCCCACAGCGACGUCGCGGGCAUGCGAUCCCGUAUGAUCACUCGCAGCUGCAGCAUCGACAAGUCGCCCUGCUCCAGUACCGCGGCGUCGCCUCUGUCCCAAAGGAAGGACAUCGGGCGCUCCGAGUCCCUGCGCGUCGUUUCCAACCGGACGCACCGCAUCUUCCGGCCCUCGGAUCUCAUCCACGGGGAAGUGCUGGGGAAGGGCUGCUUUGGCCAGGCCAUCAAGGUGACACACCGGGAGACAGGAGAGGUCAUGGUGAUGAAAGAGCUGAUCCGAUUCGACGAUGAAACUCAGAGAACCUUCCUCAAGGAGGUGAAGGUCAUGCGCUGUCUGGACCACCCCAACGUGCUGAAGUUCAUCGGGGUGCUGUACAAGGACAAGAGGCUCAACUUCAUUGCCGAGUACAUCAAAGGGGGGACCCUGAGGGAAAUGAUUAAGACGAUGGACAGCAAAUAUCCAUGGAAGCAGAGAGUGAGUUUUGCCAAGGAUAUUGCAGCUGGAAUGACGUACCUGCAUUCCAUGAACAUCAUUCACCGGGAUCUGAAUUCCUACAACUGUCUUGUACGGGAGAAUAAGAGUGUGGUUGUGGCCGAUUUCGGGCUGGCCCGCCUCAUGGUGGAAGACAAGAACCAGGACAGGCUGUCCGCUGGGAAGCUGCCUGGGCUGAAGAAGCAGGACCGCAGGAAGAGGUACACCGUGGUGGGCAACCCCUACUGGAUGGCCCCCGAAAUGAUUCAUGGGCUGAGCUAUGAUGAAAAAGUAGACGUCUUUUCCUUUGGAAUUAUGCUCUGUGAGAUUAUCGGCAGGGUGAAUGCAGAUCCGGAUUACCUGCCUCGGACGAUGGAUUUCGGCCUGAAUGUGAAAGGAUUCCUGGACCACUACUGUCCCUCUGACUGCCCCCCCUCCUUCUUUCCGAUUGCUGCCCUGUGCUGCGACCUGGAUCCUGAGAAACGACCUUCCUUUGCUAAGCUGGAGGAGUGGCUGGAGAAUCUGAAGAUGCACUUGGAUAUUCGCUUGCACCUCACGUCAGAACUGGAACAGGUCAAGCGGGCCUUCUGGGAGAACCACGCUCGCUCCGAGAACGGGCUGCACACACACCCCGAGCAUCCCGAGCAUCCCGAAUAGCCCUGCCCCGCGGGGAGCAGGCUGGGACUGGACGGGUGUGGAUCCUGUUGGUAAGACGCAGCGAGAGACCAAGCCCACGUCAGCCAGAGCUCCCCAGAAUGGCGGCUGUCCCACAACGUGUAGGUAGUUAAUGUUGGCACUGGUGACCACCAUCGCUGUCUGCUCUGGGGAAAUCUAGAACACAAAAAAUAUUGUUCUCUGAUCUUCUGUGGUUAAUAAGCAAAAGGCACUUUUACAUCAGAUGAACCUGGAAUGUCACUUCAUCACAACGGUCUUAGCCUGUUGAAUGUUAGAUUCCGAUUUGUUACAUAUUCACCCCCAGAUACAUAUUAUACAGUCAUUGUCAUGGAUAUUGUUAUACUAAUACUGAAAUUAUUGUGUGAAAACAUCUGGGGAAAAACACUACAUGUGUUGCAGUUGCAGAUGUGUUUUCACCAGUGUUCGUGGAUCGUUUGAAGGUAUGUGUUUCCUACAGCCUCAGAUCCUCUGUCUUCAAUUGUCAUUUAAAAGUUUUGACUUGGCUUUGACUUUCAACUGUAGUUUAAAUGAUUUGUGAAACAGCGUAAUCCUACAAAUUAAGGUCCCAUUUAUGUCUCAACGUGAGUUGAAACUGGCUUCAGAUCUCAUUGCAGAACACAAAAAAUGUAGCAUAAUAAACAACAAUGCAUGAUUGUAAACAGCCCACUUGGGUCAAAAUGUAAACUUUGUUAGAUAUAUUUGUGCUCUCUGAUGUCAGUGGCACUAGUACUAUCGUAAGAUCAAACAGGAUUCUCAUCUGUAAUGUGAGUGUGACUCCAGCAUCAAUUCCUCAGUGUCACAUGCUGUGUGUAUCAGUGACCUUGUCUGUCUGCUGUGACUUUAAGUCUUAUAGGUAAACUCUUUAUGACUUUAUACACAAAACAUUUUGACUUUGUUUUCAUCAGAAAAAAGAUGAUUUUUUAACUUUUACUUUUCCUCUGGAGUUGAAAACUCCUUUCUUAUGUUCAGCCCCCAGGUGACUGUAUAUAAUCUGUUAAACAUGUACAGUAAAUGUUUUAAAUAUGAUAUAUGUACAGAAAUAUUUUAUAUAUUGAUGCUUCAUUGCCAUAUUUUUAUUAAGCUAUAUGUAAAAUAAAUCUGGAUUUAAAACAAUAUCUUGCUUGGCAAUAGACACUGGCGUUUUACAGAACAAAGUGACUGCAGUACCCAGCAGCUGUUUAGUGUUGCUGCUGUGAAGGGUGAAGAGUGGAAUGUAAAGAAAAUGAAGGAAUGUAUCUUCUAGUGUUCUGUAUAGCCCUCUUUAAAGCUUUCCCCUUGUUUUAAAUUGCCUGCAAUUGAGGAAUUUCUUGCAAUGUGUUGUACGUCAGUGUACUAAAACAAUAUCACUUGACGUCUCAAGUCUGCACAUUAGUCACAGGAGCUGCCACUCUGCAUGCCCUACAGUGCAGGACUGACAUGCUUUCGAUCUCUAGGCUAUCUUUUACUGUGAAUGACACAGAAGUAACAAGGUGACUUGAGAGAAAGCAUUGUGCUGAGAUGUGCGUUUUGCUUGUUAACUAAUGUCUUAGCCUUGUGCAUCUUUAAUGGGAACAUUAGAAAGGAAGGAUCUGAAGAUGAAGGAAGCUAAUUGAGGAAUUCCUCAAAUUAAAAAUGUAGCCCAGUUCCUCAGAGGGUCUGUGUCUUGGGACCUUUAGAAUAUCUUUGUAAAUACAUGUACAUUUACAUGCAGCACAUUGUUGGCCUUAACUAAAAGGUGAAAGAGGUGCAAAAAGCAGCCCCUUGCUCCACAGAUAGGCACUAACUGUAGUUCUCACUCCAGCAUGUACUCAGUAUGUUCCAUUCUCCUUGAAACGUUUUGAGUGUAAUAUACUUCUCACUUAAAUGAAACUCGUGAGAUUUGAUUUAGCCAUUUUUAAUAACAUUCUGGGGGCUGGCCCUUGAAUCCUGUUUUUAGGAUCCAGAACCACAGCACUGCUGUUGAACUGUCUCUCACUACUCCCAAGCCGUUUCCUGUUUACAAAGCCUGAUACUGUAAAUAUGUCUGUAAAUGUCUGUGCGUGUACAAUACUAGUCUUUUCUCUGGGAUGAGCUGCAUGGCAUGAUGGCUAGUUGUUAGUACUUCUACUGCUUCAAAACCAAGCUAUACUUGUGAACCUUAGCAAACUUAAACAAAAUAAAGGAUGGCAGGUUUGUAGGAACAACAGAGACUAGCUAAAGGAAAAGAAAACCACCGCAUUGCUCUAUAAAUGCAACCACUGUAAUCUUUCUGUAGAAUUUUAUUUGCACUAUAUUUUUGAGAACAGCUGCCCUAGAGGCAUUUUUUCUUUGGUAACUGGAGAAAGAUUUAUCGGCGUUGGCUAUUUAAUGAAUGCAAGUCGCUGAAGGAACAUUUUAAAAAGUAAAAGUGGGUUCCAGGGAAUCUUCCAUUAGCAAACAGAACUGAUUGCAGGUGUAUUCUGCAUACAAACACAUCACAUGAGGCUUUUCCCAACAUUUAACACAGCUCUGUGCUUGAUCAUUUAAAGUGUUUCCAGUGUGCCUGAAAAGACACGCACUUGGCAUGUUUUUCACUUAAUUCUUAUUUAGUCAUUUUCACUUUUUAAAAAGGAGCUAAAAAAAGCUCUUCUUGUGUGCCUGCAAUUUUUGUUUUUAUUUGAAUGGUGUUCAAAUGAUAGAGAAAAGUUUUAUGUUGGCUUUUGGUUUUCAUGAAAGAUAAAGCCAAUGUUAAUAAUGUAGUUGGCUUCACUGUACAUUUUGUUUUCUGGUUGUUGUAUUUCUGCAUUUCACCUUGCUCAUAAAAUAGAGGAGGCUGCAGAACAAGAGCAAUCAUGUAUUUGUGCGUGCGCUGCAAUUUGCUGAUAGGCAGAGAAAAAAAAUCUACGAAGACCUGAUUGAAUUCUUCCUCCUGCAGCUGCUGGGCUUGGAACCAGGAGGAGAGAAGGUCGUUCUGAGAAGGUGUAAGCCUGAAUGUAAGACAGAUUGGAUGUUUUAAAAACUACAUGCAAUUUGUCUCUGUUUGCUAUUGAAAGACAGAAAAAUUUCUCCUUGGGCCCUCCUAAUGCCUGCAGACAGAUCCUUUGUUUAAGAUGUUCUGUGUCAAGACAGUCUGUGAUACUACAGUACAUGUAAUCUCCACCCAAAAGUUCCACAUCAGAUUCCUUUUCAAGAAAUCCCCAACUUUCAUUGCCUCUUGAAGAACCACUGUAGGCCUUCCUUUAUUAAAACCAUUUAAAGCCCCCAGUCAGAAUGGGAAUCUCAAGAUGUUAAACCAAACAUAAAUGUGCAGGAGUAACAUUAUGAUGGUAUGUUAUGCCAAAACAUACCUUUAUUUUACCAGUAAUAUCCAUUGAGAACAAAUUCUCAUGUACAGUGACAGCCCUCAUACCCAAUUCCACAGCAGGGCAUGGAGCUGUCAAGGAAGCAUCAGGUAUUUCACCUGUGCUUCCAACCUGCAACCACUCCAUUCCGGAGUCCUAACCACUAGUCCAUGCUGGUGCCAGAACUGUUUGGCAGGAUUGUUUUGGAGAAUGUCUUUUUGGGUACCAGCCCCUUUGGAUACCUGCUCCUCUGCUACGUUUUACAAACAAGUCACUACGUUGCCCAGAGCUCUCUGAAGUUAACACAAGGUUAACUAAAUAUGAGAGCCUAAAUAUGAGAAGGCUUCACAACAUUAUUUUAAAUCAGCAUCCGUUGGCUUUCACGCCUUAAAAAAUUCCCCUCUAUUUAGAACGUUUUGCAAAGCUUGCUAUAUUUAAAGAGCGUGUUGCCACAGUUCUUCUUUACAAAGGACCAUUACCUCUCAUAGCUGUGCCUUUGUUUUAAGCUAGCCUUGCCAACGACUUGCAGCUAGUUUGUUUUAAAUUAUUUUAUAUGAUAAAUACAAGCCUGUAUAGAUUUUUUAUCAUUGCUAAUAUCUUGUUUAAUUACAUUCUGUCCAGUCUCUUGUAUCAUGUUUUGUAUGUAUCAUAUCUUUGUGGUCUUUUUAUUAUCUGUGAAUUAUAAUUUUUUAUUGUUCUUAUUUAAUUAUUUUUUUUACACAAGCUGUGAAAAACAUUCUGUGCACUUUAAUCCAAGAAGUGAACCUUGAGAGUCUAUGGAGAUGACUCUGUAUUUCACUGGAGCUGGAAUAAAAUGGCCCAUUCCCUCAGA